AUGAACAAGCCAACUGGAGAUUAUGAGGCCAAGUUUACAUCGGAGCAGAACAUGCCAGUUCAAUGUAAUCGAUGCAAACAGCAAUUUGCACCGGGUACCCGGCUCCAAUGGAUGCAUAAUAAGCAUCAAGGCGAAGGGCGUUACCUUUGUGGCUCAUGCUACGAGUACUAUUUAUCGAAGAAAACUACGAUACGUCGUGAUAACAAUCAGGGUCACAAGUCCGAAAUAGCAGCUCGUAAUGUUAGAGCUUUGCCGGUUGCUUCAGCUGCCGCUCACGUUGGUCGUGAUAAUGCUGCAACUUCCGAAGCAGCUAUAGUCCAGAAGCAUAUUGCUGCAGCACAGCGUGAUGAGCGCCUUGCACCUGUUGUUGCUGUGGGAAGAAAUAUUACACAAAGUGUUGCAUAUGGUUCUCCAGUCACAAAUAGGCCUGCUCGACAACAAGGCGUUAGCUCUUUUGGAGCUCUGUCUGGUCCUGGAUCGACUGUUGUGAAUGUCGGUCUCAAAGCCAAAUCGCUUACCUUUCCACAAAAGGAUUUACUCAAUCCGGGCUAUCAAGAAGCACAUGGAUUUUAUAACGAGAUGCGCCAACAUUUUGCGGCUAUGGCGUAUAGCUCCGCAGCCAAUGCAGAGCUUGUAGUGGUCAAAGUUUGGCUUUCUGUCCGUGUUCCGACCAAAAAAAGCCCAGUUCAUAUUGCUGGUCUUCAUGAGGCCGUUUCAAAUAUUCCAGUUCAUAUAGGUCUAACUGAUCUUAAACGGGUAAUGUAUUAUGCUUUACUUCCUCAAUUUUUGGAAUGGUCAAAGGGGUUUCCUUUGCGUAUCGAUGACUGUGUUGUUAGGAAUAAGUUAUGGGUUGAACUUAUUCCAAAACAGCCAGAUGUUGAUGCUAUAUCGGAACACUUUUUCAGUUUCAAAGGUCGGAAUAAGCUUUCAAAGAUUUUUACUCCGAAGCAAGGAAUUGAACUAUACCUUUGUAUUACUCACCGCCUUUAUGAGUCUAUAAUAGACCAUAUUACGGAGCCAAAGGAAACUUCUCAUCGGCGGAAUGAUGAAAUGCAGCCUUCAGCUUCGCUUCAUGGAAGUAUAGCAUCUAAGGCUGUAAAGCGCAAAUAUUGGGAAUCAGAUAAUUUUGAGGCUGAUCCAGUAGAGGGUCCAUCACUUCAGCAUACAGCAGAUGAGCUAAAAAAUGCACUUCAGCUUCAAGUCCCACCGCGCAAAAAAAAUAUGAAAUCGUUAUUUCAGACAGUUAUUGAAGAUGUUUCGUUCUUCAAACUACCACCUCCAGUUUCAUUCAGCGACUUGGUUAAAAACCCAGAUGAGCUAGCGACUCAACAGCGGCCCACCUUUCCUAUCAACGACCAGCUGCUUCGCGCAGCUGCCGCCGCUGCCGCCGGUGUGUCCCGCCAUCCCCGACGACCAGCAUUCCGCUUCCACCGCCUCCAUCGACGACCACCAGCACGAGGCAGCUGGGUCGUGUCGCCGCUGCCGCUGCCGCCCUUCCCCGCUCUAGCCACCAUCGACAAUCACCAGGGCAAGGCUGCUGGGUCGGCCGCCGCUGAGGGGGAAGAAGAAGACGGCACAGCUGUGUUUGCAUUUCCAUUCGCAUUUGCGUGUCCACCAACCCUUGAUUGGCGAGGAAUUGAUACUAAGACUAAGUAA